AUGACUCUUACGACCGUGGCACCUAUUGUCAACACCACCGUCACAACUCUCUCAGGAAACAUCUCAAGGGCGGAAUGUGGAAAGUCUCAGUUCUGUGCUGCUGUACCAGACAACUGUGAUCCGUCCGUGGCUGGUUCCUGUUUCUUCGUCUCCACCCAGCAGUCCUCGGGACAGACCUUCUCCUUCCUGCUACGAGGAGUGUCCAGCGGCUACAUCGCUGUAGGCUUGUCCACAGACUCCACACAGGGCGGUAAUGACACCACCUAUGUGUGUGCCAACAACAACGGCAUCGUGAAUUUCUUCACUGCUCUCCUCGAUAACAAAAGUCUGUCCGUCAUCAACACGAUGGCUGUGAACUCCGUUCAAGGCUCAGUCAACGAUCAGAUCAUCCAGUGCACCUUCAAUGCUACUGUCCCCAGCGCUACGGUGACCACGAGCACCCGGGGCUCUGCCACUACCUUCUUCCUCAUGAUCUUAAAAGGGAACUUCACUAACGGAACACUGGGUAGUCCCACUGCUGUCCUGUUCAGUGGUAAAGGGGUGGACCUGGGCAACCCCAACGCUACUGUGACCAACUCUUUGAACGCCAACACCACCACUGGUAAUGCCACCACUACUGCUGCUCCCUCUAGCCACGCCUUUGUCCUGCAGCACACCCUGUCUCAAGCUCUUCUGAUCCUGCUAGGUGUACUAAGUAUGAUGAUGCUGUAAUGCAGGUCUGAAUGUGAAGCACCAUGCACUCAGGAAUCCUGCCUCCUGUAAAAAACACAAUUUCAAAUGUUGCUACAUAAGACCGAAUCGAGCCGUCGGUCACGUGUUGAUGUUGGUGUUGCUGGUGUUGAUGAAGAUGAAAUGUCCCUUUAAGAAAUAAGAAGUUUGUGUAAAAACAGAUCCUUCAUAUUUGUCUACCCCCAUGUCAUCCCCUACAUGUAACUCAUUUAUUUGUACCAAUUUUAUUUUAUUUUAUUCUCUCUUUGCUGAUAUCGCGUUAUGAAGGAAGACAUGUUUGUCUGUGUUUCUUGGUGUAAGUGUUUGUUUCCGCACACAUACCCCCCACUGGGUACAGACGUCAAUUCAACGUCAAUUCAACGUCGGUUCAACAUCAUUUAAUUGAAACGACGUGGAAACGUUGAUUCAACCAGUGUGUGCCCAGUGGGCCAUAGAUGAAGUCACAAGGGCUGCGUUUAGACAGGCAGCUGAUUUCUGAUCUUUUUGCAUCAGAUCUUUAUUCAGAGCUGAUCUGAUUGGUCAAAAGACCAAUUAGUGA